CCUUGAGCACUUUAAAUUUCUUGACGACGAUUUGUAAGUUUUGUUUUCAUUUGAACUGCUCUCACCUACCAAUGACAGCGGUGCAGUGACCUGGCUGCAAAAUGGUCUUCAAAAGAUCAGAAUAUGGAAGAGAAUUCAAGAUCCAAAGUCUUGUUAAAAACAUACCCACAUAUUACGACAACUUAACCUACCGAAGUCAGCGCCGGGAACUAGAAUACGCUCAUACAUCGAUCGCAUGGGGUGACCCUGACAGCAACAACAAUGAAACGGCAGAGAAAGAAAUUUUGAAAGAAGAAAACUCAUCAGCUGUAAAAGAAAUGAAGAUAGCAGAACCAACAAGUGAUGUUCUUCCUGCCUUGGAUAAACAACCAAAGGAAUCUGUUUGUAAAUCUGAAGAAAAGACAAGUACACAGGAAGGGAAAAUUACAGAAUCUACCAAAGGAAAUAGAGGGGAUGUAGAGAUGCAGAGUCUGUCAAAAGAUGAAGGGCAACUCCGGAAAGCAGCAAAGGAAAAACUUGUCAAGUACACAUGUAAAGAAAACAUUGAUGUACCCAGACAAAAAACAAAAGGUGGUUCCCAGAUAGCAAGUCAGGAAAAGGGGCAUGAAAAAUCCAGUUUUAAACUCCAACCAAAGAAAGUUGAUGAUAAAACAUUUGUCAACAAAGCGAAUAUUCCAGUGCAACCUCGAGUGAGUAAGUCAGCAUCAGGUGCCCGUCCAAAAUCCGCCCCCUCCACCAGACAGCUCGAGCGAGCAAAACCGAGACCACCAUUCCUGCCGUACGGAUCUGGCGACUCGGAGAGGUUGACAGGAACACAAAGAAGCCAUAAUGUUCUUGCCUCUACAGAUGUAUAUCCCGCAGCAAUAAAAGCUCACAAGAAACUAGUGGAGGAUUCAAUAAGACGCAAAGAUGCAAAUGUGAAGGCUGCUAAAGAAGCCAAGAAGAGGAAACAGUUAUUCAGAGACAAACUGAUGCGUGACGCGGCAUUCUGGAAAUCUGAAUAUGGCUUCAGAUAUCCUGCUCAUCCAACAUCAGAGUAUGCCAAGAACUGUGACAUACCGAAACGGUGUAAAAGUGCAUUUGGGCUUGUUUGAAGUUUUCCAUGAUAUUUUGUUUUCUAUAGGGUAUUAGACAUACUGCUAGUAAGAGUUGUCAGAAAAAAUGAGUUGCAUGCUGUAUUUAAGCUGAUCAUAACUGAUGAAGAAACUGAUUUUUUAUUUUUUUCAUAAACUUUUUUUUGUUAAUAAUUGGAUGAGUUUAUAUGUUCAUGUACAUUGUACACUGUGAUUUCAGCAAUUUGUAUUUUAGAUGUGAGUCUACUUAAUGAUUUACAUACAAAAAUCUAGUUUUACAGGUAAACAGCGUGUUAAUAUUUGAGGUGAAGGAGUUGCAUGGACACAUUGUGUGCCAUUUAACACAUUAUACACAUGUAUGAUGUGCAUUAUUAGUCAAAUCUGUCUGUGAUAUCAACUGUUUUUUCUUCUUGUCCUGUUGGAAGUUUGUGUUACAUGGAAAUUGACUGUUUAUAUAUACCAUUCAGUAGUAUUUCACUUUACCGAAAUCAUAUUUCCCCUUUAAAGUAAGGGGGUAUCUAGCAUUCACUUUGUACAUCUGUCUGUUAGUGUGUGUGUAUUUGUUACCGUGUACAUUUAUGUAAGUGUGCGCAUUUGUCAAGACCUUGCUAGGCCCAUAAUUUCUUAUCACAUUAAUGUUUUAUGAAACUUCAUAGAUGUGUUUAUCAUGAACUACAUGGUAUGUCAUCAAUAUUAAUUUCACACCUUCAAGUCGAGGCAUUGAUGUGGGGUCAAUAUUCAAGUCAUUUUAUGGCUUGUACGACCGGGUACCCCCAACAUUUCUCUUCAAAUUUUGUAAUUUAACUUCAUACAGUUAUUUAACAUUCUCAGGUACAUACAUACCCCGAAAGUUUAUGACAUGAUGGGGUUAACUCAAAGGUCAACACUCAAGUACAUCAGAGUAAAGAUAAUUCUUGUGUAGCGGAACUGGACUGGGUUGAUCGUAAGCGACCAGAUAGCUCAAUUGGUAGAGCAUCCGUCUAGAGUUCGGAGGGUCCUAGGAUCGAACCCCGGUCUGGCCUUGCAUUUUUCCUCUCCUGUUAAAUUUGGUGCCCAAAGAAAUAUACCCACAGAAGGUCAGGUAUAGGGUCUCCUGUGUCUUCGGGGUCGAAGACUUUGUUUAAGGAGGGAGGUAUGUAGCGGAACUGGACUGGGUCGAUCGUAAAUUAAAAAAAUUAAAUCCAGUAAAUUGUUCUAAGGAAAAAAAGCAAAAUAUUCAUGACAUUGGCUGUGAAUGACUAAAUGAGUAUAAAUGGUUUAUAUAUGUUCUGUAUAUGUGUGUCAUAUAGACCUAUAUAUUUCUAUAGUUAAAAUAAAAUUCAUUAGAUGAAUGCCAGUCGAUAUUUUAAGCCAUAGAAAACCACAUACCAUAUUUAUUUAUUUUAUUCAUAGCCUAGUACUUAAACAAUACACAAAAGAAAAUUAAAAGUACAUUGUAAUAGAAAGGAUAUCCAGGAAGUGAAGACUCAAACAAAAAUGCAUUUUUUUUGCUAUUUUAUAAAUCACAACAUUAUGAUCCAGGUUUUACUGCCCCUUUUAUGAUAUGGAGAUUUAUAAGAAUAUAUAUCUCAUGUUCCCCAGGCAUGAAAUUAAAAAGAUAAGUGUGCCUAGGUGAAUUAAAUAUUAUUAUGGACUGCACUAGUGUUUAAAAGACAAUAUGGUAUAUGAACAAAAAGAUAUUUUAUUGUACUCUACAAGUUAGUGCAGAUGAUGUAUUGUUUUGUUGAGCAGGAAACCACUUAUGAUAUAUAUACUCACCAUAUAUAGGCCUACUAUAAAACUUUGAGGUGAACAAAUGCAAAGAACUGCAUAGCAUGUAUAUUUUUUUCGGUGGGGGGGGGGGGGGGGCCCCGUUUUUUUUUUUUUUNCGAGUUAUUUUUUAUUUACAGGCUAAUCUUUGUAAACCUGCCCCUGCUACUGAAUUCGGAUCCUGGUCUUUAUAUUUUGGCCUGUCAUUUCUUCUCUUAAAUUAUAGUGCAGUUGUAAGUAAACUCGGUCUAAUCUGAUCCCUGUCAACUCGGGAUAGUACUUAAAUAAGUUCUAAACAAUUAUACCAAUAUAAAAGAUCCUAGCUAAUAGCGUUACAGAUAUAGUCAUAUUGGCUUUUGGCAGGUUAGACUGUAAUAUAAGGAAACAAAUACAUCCUACAUUAUCCUUUUGCUGGACAAAUGUAAAAUGUAAUUCUCACAAGGGGUAGGGAAUUUAUAUAUUGAAAGUAUGGUUAAGGUGACAUGCUAUAUGUAUUUAUACAUAUAAAUACUCAUAUGCCAGUGCGGCAAGUAAAGCUACGUGUACAUGUACAGCUAAAUUUGAUCAUAAAUAUUAGCAGUUUAUACCAGUCCUUGAAGACAUGAUAGAAUGUUAUUGCCACUUAAUAUAGAAAGAUUAUUUAUUUUUUGUUACGUGUACGUAGUUAAGCAUGAUAUAGGAUAAUUGUAUAAUAACUAUGUGCUUCACAAUGCAGCUACACUGUACUGAAAUGCUAUCACUAAUGGUACAAUAAAAUCGUUAUACAACAA